GUCCAAUUUGACGCGUUUUCUUGCAGCCGCCGUCGUCGGCCGUCUUCUUCUUGGACAGUCUUGAAUGGAGAACUAACGACGUUGGGUGAUAGAGUUUGACGACGACUUGGCUUGCGUCCGCGAAAAGUGAUUUUUAAGUGCGCGCCCCCGGACAAUGGAUUUUCCCGAGGCUGGAAUCGCGAAGGUCCUGCAACAAGUGCGAGUCGGCCGCGACUAGAGUGUGAUCAGCGCUGACAGGAUGCAGCUGAGGCCUUGAGUGCGAGGAUAGGUGGAAAGGGCGCCGCGGAUAACUGUCAAAAGGAGCAGUCGACGGGAACGUGAGUGCAUCGAGGUGCAGUGGAGUCUGGUGCGGUUGUGGAAAUACUCAGGCGGGCACCAGGUCGUCGCCGCGGAAGUCGGAGCUCGCAGCGCGUGCAGGCGAAAAGUCGGUGUGGAAUUUUUCGAAGUGAAAUUGUCGAAAAAAUUCAGCUUUUCCAGCGCUUGAGCUCGGCGGUGCCGUCCCACUCAUUCACACGGCUAAUCUGCCAUUUGUGUAGCUGCCGCCGACGCCGCGUCGCGCGCCGUUCGCCUAGUUUUGGAAAAGCAGUGAAAAAAGAGAAUUGUGUAUUGGGUCGGGCGUCCCGCUCACUCGCGUGGUGUCAAGUGUGUGAAGGAGAUCGCGCGAUAACGAUAGAAUUCCAAAAAGAAACAACGACGACGUCAAAAUAAAUUCCUUUCGACGUCGCCGCUUGCGCCGCGCCCGCCGUGAGUUCUAGGUCGUUGGUCGGUUCCUUGUGUUUUGUUGUUGGCGAAAGGAAUUUGUGUACAACUACACCGGUUCGACUUAACCGUCGCGCGUUGUGCAUAUACGCGCGGCACGCACACACGCGCAGCCCGCGGACGUUUAGUGGUGUGUGUAGCUGUGGAAUUUUAUCGUAAGGCGGCCGCGGCCGCGCAGCCCGCGCGCGUAGUGUUUUUGCCGUGGCGCAUUCACAGUCGCCGUUGUCCAAUUCGAAAUGUUGUUGGCCGCGCUCCCCGCAGUGCCCUGUGCUAUGUAAAUUUAAAAAUUUCAUAUUGAAAUAAAAAUUUGGAAUAUUUGAUUUCAUGUAAACAGAAAAUCGUGAAAGGUAGGCAACGCACGCGGCAGAGACGGAGGACGGGCGCUUCGUAGAAUAGCGAAAACGACGAGCGCAGAUUCGAAUGUAAAGACUGCCUUGAGCUAACAUAGAUAAGAAACGGCGGAUUGUGCGAUUUCUGCUAUCCAACUUUGGCGUUGGCUUCCACUUUGGAUUAUCAAAGAACGUAAGACGGCGGAGCGCGCGGAACGGAGUGCCUUGAAAAAUGCCAAAAGAACAUCAUCAAAAUGGUGACUUUCCAUUGCCAGCCGGUUGGGAUAUUGCCCGGGAUUACGAUGGGAAAGUCUACUACAUCGACCACAACAAUAAGGAAACGACGUGGCUGGACCCGAGAGACAGAAUUCUUAGAUAUACGAAACCACAAACCUUUGCAGACUGUAUUGGGGAUGAACUACCUUUGGGAUGGGAAGAAUCAUAUGAUCCACAAAUUGGACGAUAUUAUAUUAAUCACAUUAGUCAAACAACACAAUUGGAAGAUCCGCGACAAGAAUGGAAAAGUGUUCAAGAGGCGAUGCUUCGGGAAUAUCUUACUGCGGCUCAAGAUGUCCUCGAGGCAAAGAGAGAAAUAUUUGACGUGAAGCAGAAAAGACUUUUGAUAGCACAGGACGAGUACAAUGAGCUCAAUACAUUAGCAGCUAGUCGAAGUAGUUUAUAUUCAUCUUCAAGUUCAAUAAACACAAGGCACGAUCCUGAUUUACUGAAACAAGACUUACUAAUAGCCAAGGAACGCGUGAGGAGGUUGAAACAGGAACUUCUUCACAUAACUUCUGAUAUUUCGUAUACCGAGAGAGGAGUAGAAACUCUUUAUAAUGUUGAACAAAAAUUAAGUGCUCACGAAAAUGGAUGUUAUGAUAUUUCUGAAGUACAAGCCAUUCGUGAAGAAAUGCUCAAAGUACAGAAAUCGCUUGUAUCUGGCGAAAAAGUUCGUGAGGAGCUCAUGCGAAGUCUAGUGCAAAUUAAAAAUGAGCUCACGCGACAGCAAUUCUGCGAAGAUAAUGUAGAAUUGACACCAUCAUAUGGACUUGUAAAUGAUCGUGUAUGUGUUGCAUCGCAGACCGAUCUGUGCACGGACAAUAUGAAUAGUGGUGCUCAAUUUGCAGAGAUGGCAAAAACCAAAUUGCAAUAUAGUGAAUGGCGAAAACGAAUAAAGCAACUGCAGCAACAAUUGGCUGAUCAUGUGGAAAAGAUUGAACCAGGUCAAUUGGAAUCCGACAAAGAUCGUCUAUUACUCAUACAAGAAAAAGAAAAACUUCUCAAAGAACUUCGUUCGAUUCCAACCAAAUCAAAAUCGCCUGAAGAAAUUCUUUCCAUUCAGCAAAGUUGCAAAAAACUCGAGGAAGAUUUGAAUAACGCCUAUGAGGCUAAUAAUCAAUGUGUCAUGAAUCGUUUACGAUUGCACGAAGAAAAGCAGAUUUUACUAGAUAAACUGCAAGAGGCGCUCAAAUCAACAAAAUUACUCGAAGAAAGAUUGAAAUCAUUCUCGUCAGGUAGCACGUUCUCAAUUAGCAGCGGCUCGAGCUUGGGAUCGCUGUCGACAGCAAGCAGCAAAAGUGCACUCAGUUUCACAGAGAUUUACGGAGAUUUGCUCGUUUCUGAUCCUCAUCUUGAUAUUAUGGAGUUGCAACGACGAUCGCAGGGAGUAGUAUCACACCCAUCGGAAAUAUCACUUUCGCCACGAAGUAGCCUUUCAAUGGAAACCCCUCCCGCAUCGCCAAUGAAAUAUAAUGAUAAUCAGCCUAAGGAUGAGCCGACUUAUGCAAAUUUCAAUAGCGCAGCCCAUCACGAACUCGAGUCAACAGUUCUAGAUUGUAUGCGGCUGGAAGAACGGUUGCAUGAACUUGAAAUGAAACAACCCCUGAAUCUGAAUGCUCCACUCUCGCCCAUCUACGAGAAACCAUCUCUAUUGGAUCUGCCUCAAAAUAUUCUUAGCCGUUCAUCAUCCGCUUCGAAUACUCGCUCUGUUUCCGCUGCAGUUAGUAACGAAUCAGUCGCUGGAGAUUCGGGAGUUUUCGAAGCUUCUCGAGCGCAUUUAAUCCAAAAAGAACUUGCUCAAGUGAAAAUAGGAUUGAAAUAUCUCAAGAAUGAAUGUGCGUUGAUGGUUAUCAUUGAGAGAGCUUGCAAUCUCUCUGCACUGAAUUUGCAUGAAAGUGGGGAAGUUUAUCUUCGCGCUGCACUGUUGCCGUACUCAUUGCAAUCAAUAAGGACGAAAACUGUUUCUGAUUUUGACCGACCGGUAUUCGGUGAAAGUUUUACGGUUCCGAUUUCAUUAAAUAAAAUUUUGAGCAAAAUUCUCCAAAUUUCUGUCAUAAGCGUCCUUGGUCAGCGAGAAGAAAUAGUGGGAACGGUUCAGAUCAGUUUAGCUGAAUUCAAUGCAGAAGAUACUACACUGAAAUGGUAUAACGUGUUGAGUUCAAGAUUUAUGCCAAAUUUUGAUCAUCUUGAAGUGACUGGGGUUUGCAAAGAAGAAUCAUCAGAUGAAUCAACAAUCAUCUCAUCUCAGACGUCAACAUUAACUCGAAACCAGGGUCCUCAGAUCGAUAUGCACUCUAAGAUUGAUCAGGCAUUCCAGGAGCACGUAAAUUUGAAUGAAGACGACGAUGAUGAUGAAGAGGACGAAGAUAAAGCAGAAGACGAUUUGCAGUUCUUUGAGUCAUCCGAAGACAAUGUAAAUUUAACAGAGAAAAUGUUAGACGAUUACAUGAAAAAUGUGAAGUGCGAAUAUGUCGAUAAGGAGACGAAUACAGAAUGUGCAUUUGCUCCUGAAAAGUCGAGGUCAAGAUAUUUAGAGGGUGGCUCUGCAGUUGCGUCUACUUCUAAAGGAAACGGAACUUUCGGUGUCGGCACAGGUUCAGACGAGCGACCUGUGAAACGAUCACAGACAUUUUCACCAAGUGCGGCAGUGAGCAAGGGUCGCUAUGUUUGUCGACUCAAUCGUAGUGAUUCUGACUCAGCCAUGCACUUUGGAGUGACGCCACAUCAUUUCCAACGAGGCGCAGUGGAGAGACGAUCACUUCGGUUCUAUACGAAAGUACCGAAAUCAGUCACAAAAUCACAUCAUACACAUAUUCCAAGAACUAGUUUAGACUUAGAGCUCGAUUUACAAGCUCAGCAUAGUAAAUUGGAUACUCUUAAUGAUGAAAUCAAAAAACUAAAGAAUCUUAAGGAAACGUUAGAAUAUGCUAGGGAUAAUAAAGAUAGUAAGAUUGCCACUUGGGCUAUUGAAAAUGAAGAUUUCCAACGCUUGGUUGAUCGGGUUGAUCCAGUCAAUAAUCCGGAAGAGAAACAGUUACAGAAACUUCUUCAUAAAACGUCAAAGGAAAUAUAUAAAUUGCGAAAGACAAAAAUCGCAAAGGGUUCACCAGAUUUGGUCACUUUCAAAGAAAAAAUGGCCUUCUUCACUCGUAAAGGCCUAUCAGUACCUGAAUUGCCGGCUGAAUUAUCUAUAAACGAAGGAGAUCCUAUUAAUCGGUUAUCUGAUCACAAAGAAGAAGAUGAAACGCAAGAGGAAGAUACAAUUAGUCAAGUUGAUAGGAGUAUUGAGGGCGCCGAAGGACGUCCUAAAGAUAAUAAAAUUGCUGCAUCAGUAGCACGAGAAGACACUGCCGCCGUAGAUAAUAAAAGUAUCGAAUCGACGUCAUUGCUGUCUGCGACAACAAAAUCAAAUAUUACCACCGCUGAGGAUUCCAGUAAGGAUCGAUUCGAUUAUGUAAUUGAUAGAAAUUAUGGCGUGGAAGUAUGAGAGAUAUUAUUUUUAGAGAAAACAAAAGUCUAAUGAGAAUGAUAAAAACAAAAUAUAUCAUGCCUUAAUAUAUUGUAUCAAAUGAGUAUGAAAUCAAAAUCGAAAAAACGAAAAUGAUUGUUGUGCCUUAAUGAAAUGUUUUUUUUUUGAUUAUUGAAUAUAAAUUAUUUGAUAGGCAAUAAUUUUUGAGUAUUUAUAGAGAAUCUAUAUAUAAUUAUUUUAUUGUAUUAGCUACUAAUAUACAAAUAUUUAAAGAA